GCAUGAUGUGGGCUAUAAAAGAUCCUGGCUAGCUCAGUCAGAGUGAGUUACAGAAUAAUCUGGUUUCGCUUUCCACUUUACGCAAGAGAAGGUGCGUGAGGCGCUCCGGCUUCUGGCACGCUCAGCUCAAAAUGUUUAAAAACUUUAGCCUGUGUAAAUACUUGUCUGCAGCGCUGGUACUGGUCUUGGUUUUCACCUACCAUGUUGGUGGAAUUACAGAAGAUCCUCUUUUCAAAUGCUUACAAGACUCUGAUUAUGAUUACCUUCUGAAGCUAACAGAACAAGGUCUCCCUCCAACGAAGAACCCUCAGCAUGUGGUUAUUGUUGGAGCAGGUGCUGCUGGACUCACUGCUGCCAAGUUUCUGGAGGACGCAGGACAUAAGGUGACGAUUAUUGAGGCAAGUGAUCGUAUAGGUGGAAGAAUUCUAACACAUAGGGACAAAAAAGAGGGCUGGUAUGCAGAACUUGGUGCCAUGAGGAUCCCAAGUUUCCACAAGAUUCUAAUGCAUUUUGCACGAAAGCUGGGCCUGGAGUUUGGAGAAUUCGUACAGGAUGACGAAAACACUUACUAUUUUAUAAACGGAUUUCGUUAUAAAACCUACACCGUAAAGCGGAAUCCAGACAUUCUGAACUACCCUGUACACGACUGGGAGAAGGGGAAAAGUGCCAGGGAACUGUUUGACAUAGCUUUGGGCAAGGUAAAAGUUGAUGCGCAGAAAAUGGGCUGUGAGAAAAUGUUGAACAAAUAUGAUUCAUACUCAGUAAAGGAGUAUUUAGUGAAUGUGGGAAAUUUGAGCAGAGGAGCUUUGCGAAUGAUUGGUGAUCUCCUGAAUGAGAACAGCUUCUUUUACACGGCCCUCACUGAGAUGCUCUACAUCCAGUCUGAUAUAAACGACAACUACACGUAUUCUGAAUUUAAAGGCGGCUUUGAAACAUUCUCUAAUGCAUUCUACAAUGUGCUGAAUGCCACAAUUCUUAAGCACUCAAAAGUCCAAGCGAUCAGUCAAACGCAGGACAACGUGACAGUUACGUACGAAGACUGGCGUGACCACGACGCCCUGACCAGCAUUACUGCCGAUUAUGUAUUGGUGACGGCCACAGCCAAAGCAACGCUCCUCAUUGACUUCAAGCCUCCUCUGUCAGCUGAAAAAAUGGAAGCGUUGCGCUCGCUGCACUAUUCCAGCUCCACAAAAGUAGUGUUAAGCUUCAGCAAAAGGUUCUGGGAGAAUGACGGCAUUCAGGGUGGCAAAAGCAUCACAGAUCUGCCAUCACGUUUCAUUCACUACCCCAGUCAUAACUCCUCUGGGAUAUCCGGCGGGGCUGUGUUGGCUUCUUACACUUCUUCUGAUGACGCUGCGUUCCUACAGACCAUAAAGGAUGAUGAGCUGAAGGAACUGGUGUUGAAUGACUUGGUGAAGAUCCACGGAGAGCACAUCCGACAGCUCUACACCGGAGGUGUUGUCAAAAAGUGGGGACUGGAUCCUUACAGCCACGGCGCCUUUGCCAUCUUCACUCCAUUCCAGAUGAGUGACUAUAGUAAGUUUAUAGUCCAGAAUGAGGGGAGGAUUUACUUUGCAGGAGAGCACACAGCCAGACCUCAUGCCUGGAUUGAAACUGCCAUGAAAUCAGCUCUGAGAGCUUCAGAUAAAAUAAAUAACGAUGCAAAGUAGGAAACUUAGUGAUGGUUUUAGCUGACUACACUCUCAGAGACUUCAAAAUAUGACUUGAAACGGUGGAUAUCAUGCCAUUCUGGCAACCAUCAUCUUUGCAAGACUUUGUUAGUUUCACUACCAUGAUAUUAUUUGUAAAAUAUCAUUUCCCUCUUAAAGGUGUAGAUUAAGUUGAGGCAUGUGGUUGGCAUUUUGGAGUGUUUGAUAUUUUAUGAAACUGUAUGUAAAUAUGUGACCCUGGACCACAAAACCAGUCUUAAGUCGCUGGGGUAUAUUUGUAGCAAUAGCCAAAAAUACAUUGUAUGGGUCAUUGAUUUUUCUUUUAUGGCAAAAAUCAUUAGAACAUUAAGUAAAGAUCAUGUUCCAUGAAGAUAUUUUGUAAAAUUCCUAUUGUAAAUAUAUGAAAACUUAAUUUUUGAUUGUUAAUCAUUGUUAAGAACUUUAUUUGGACAACUUUAAAGGCAGUUUUCUCAAUAUUUUGAUUUUUUUGCACCCUCAGAUUCCAGAUAUUCAAAUAGUUGUAUCUCGACCAAAUAUCGCCCUAUCCUAACAAACAUACAUCAGUGGAAAGCUUAUUUAUUCAGCUUUCAGAUGAUGUAUAAAUCUCAAUUUUGAGAAAUUGACCCUUAUGACUGGUUUUGUGAUCCAGGGUCACAUAUAAGACAGACAAGAGUGAUCUUCUAAGCACUUAUGCAAGAAUCCUGACACUCAAAACAAUGCAUCAUUAAUCAUUAUCCUGUAUUUUAUUGCUAACUGUCAAUAUAUCAUAUAACAAUGUACCUCAAAACCAAGACUUGACAUUUAUUUAGAGUGUUUUUUAUUUUAUUUUACUUUUAAUAGUUUAGUUUAGUUUAAUGAAUUAAAUUGUAUAACCUUAUUUAAUAUUCUGGUACUGUGGUACUGUAUAUAUGCAGACUAUUUUAUUAUUAACAGCAUUAAUACUAUAUAUAUUUUUUUUUUUUUUCAGUUGAAAUGAUUGAAUUGUA